ACCGAAUUCCCAUCUCGGGAAGUGAUCAAAAGCAGAUACGGCGAGCCCGGAACGCGGCAGGGAGUGGCAGCCUCUACGAAAGAAAUGUGAAUAGUGCUCGUACACGUGGCAGCGGAGUGGCAGUUAUCGUUCACGUGGCACUGAAAAGCAGUGUUAUCGCUUACAGUGUCAGUCACUCCACACCGCCCGGAGAGAAAACAUGAAAGUGCUGCGGAGGGGCGCUUUCCGCCACCUGUACCUGCUUUUUCUGUUCGUCCUUUUCAUCUUCUACUUGAGUCGAGUCCACAAAGUCGACAUCGAGGAUGACUGGGAGUCCGUCAAGAGAGACCUGGUGGAAAAAGCCAAGGCCAAGCCCGGCGGAUACUUCGAUAAAGAUAACAAUGCCAAUGCGAAUGAUAUAGGCGACGAGGAUAUGUUCCCCGAGAGCGGCGUGGUCCCCGGGGGCGCGCAGCCCCUGAAGGACUGGCACAACCUGACGCAGGAGCGGCAGGACCGCCUGCGGAGUGGUCCGGGCGAGCACGGGGCGCCGCACCACCUCGCCGCCGGACGCGAGAAAGAGAGGGAUGCUCUGUUCGAGACCAACGGCUUCAACGCCCUCCUCAGCGACGACCUCGCCCUCGACCGAUCCCUCAAGGACAUCAGGCACCCCAAGUGCCAGGAGAAGCGUUACGCCGCGUCCCUGCCGACGGUGAGCGUGGUGAUCCCGUUCUUCGAGGAGCACUGGACGACGCUGCUGCGGACGGUCGUGUCGGUGGCCAACCGCUCGCCCAAGCAUCUGCUUAAACAGAUCAUCCUCGUUGACGACGGCAGCACCAUGAAAGCGUUUCUGAAGGAGCCGCUGGAAACGUGGCUUGCGGAGCAUGUGCCGAUCGCGCAGGUGGUGCGCCUCCCGGAGCGCCGCGGCCUUAUCACGGCGCGGCAGGAGGGCGCCAAGAAGGCCACGGCCGAUGUCAUCGUCGUCCUGGACUCCCACUGCGAAGUCAUGAUCAACUGGCUUCCGCCCCUGCUUGACCCCAUCGUCAGGAACCCCCGCACGGCCGUGUGCCCUUUGAUCGACGUCAUCAACAAGGACACGUUCGCGUACUCGGCGCAGGACAACGGCGGCCGCGGGGCCUUCGACUGGAGGCUUUACUACAAGCGCCUGCCGCUUCCGCCCGAGGACGAGGCGCGGCUGCCCGAGCCCUUCGAGAACCCAGUCAUGAACGGCGGCCUGUUCGCCAUCAGCCGGAAGUUCUUCUGGGAGUUGGGCGGCUACGACCCCGGCCUCGCCAUCUGGGGGGGCGAACAGUACGACCUCUCGUUCAAGAUCUGGCAGUGCGGCGGGCGGAUGCUGGACGCGCCGUGCUCGCGCGUCGGCCACGUGUUCCGGCACGCGCCCAAGGGCAGGCCUUCGGUGCACUUCGACUUCCUGAGCAAGAACUACAAGCGCGUGGCGGCGGUGUGGAUGGACGAGUACGCGGAGGCGCUGUACCGCAGGAACCCGCACCUGAGGGAGGUCGACGAAGGGGACGUGUCCAGGGAGGUCGAGAUCCGCAAGAAGCUCAAGUGCAAGAGCUUCAAGUGGUUCCUGGAGAGCGUGGCGCCGGACCUGCUGGUCAAGUACCCGCCCGUCGAGCCCCCGGACUUCGCCAACGGGACCAUCCGGAGCAAGGCUUCCCCGACGCUGUGCCUGGAUAACGGCUCCAAGGAAUACGGGGACAUCAUCAUGUACAACUGCCACGGAGGAUACAGUCAGUACUUCUCUCUCUGUUGGAGGAAGACGAUUAAGAUACAGAACGAACAGUUCUGCUGGAUGCUCCCCCACAGCAGAGACAGAGCACCAGCGCAGUACAACUGCCAGAAUUCCCGCCACGUUCCUGCGCAGACAUGGAGAUACGAUCCCGACACGCAGCAGAUCCAGAGCGAGCUGCACGGCUGGUGCGUGGAGGCGAGCCCCAGCGCGCGCACCGUCCACAUGGCCAACUGCGACGCGUCCAAGCUCGACCAGAAGUGGGAGUGGACGUUCACCAACACCAAGCUCAUCCACGACACGUUCCCGCCGUUCUCGGGCCGGGAUACCCUCUAGGGACGGAGGGGAGGGACGGGAGGGGGUAGUGGGAGGGCGUUGGGGCGGAAAGGAGGGGAGGAGGCGACGCUGCCGGUGCUGGAGGGUUGGGGCAGCGGAGGGCAGUGGAUGGCUGGGUAGAAAUGAGUCAAAGCCUUACUUCUUUCCAGAUAUACUGAAUGAUUGAAAAUCAGCGUUGGAUUUUCAAGGCCUCCAAGGACUCUGUAAAUAUACUUUGCUACCUGUUAUGAUAACUGUAGAUCAUGGAACCUGUCCAUGCUGAUAACAAUAUGGAUAAAAGUCACUGUGUGAAACAGCUGCGGCGUGACUGCUAGUCAGUGAGGGAGAGAAAGUUCAUGUAAAUAAAUUAUUUAUUUAGAUUUGAUUCCGGCGUUGGGCGCGGAUGGCGUGCGAACGCUGGCUGGCUGGCUGGCUGGCUGGCUGGUCCUGACCCAG